AUGACCGAGCCGCAGACUUCGUAUGUUGUCGAUCAUACGGCCGUCUACCAUGGUAUGGUUGUAUUCGCAGCUUGUCUCAGUACGGGUUUGAUGAUCAUUUCGGUCGUUACUGCGUGUAAAGUGCGAAAGUUUAAUCAGGAGGUGAACUUGAAGUCGGUGAUGUCCAAAUUGGUGGAGAGAAUUCGAAAAGAGCGGAGGGUUUUGGAAAAGGACAAGUAGGUUUAUGUGGUUUAUAAUAUUAAUAUAUAAAGUUUUGGUCGAAGUUUUCCUCCAUGAAAUAAAUUUUAGAUAAGGUUUAGGUAUCAUUUGUAACUUUUUAAGUCCUUUUAACUUAAUUUGUACUCUAAAUAACGUAACUUUGUUUCAGUGUGGCAUGA